UUGACCUUGCACGAAUGAAGCGUGUGAAUGCGCAUCAGUGUGCGUGUUCAUCUACCUGAGGUGUCUGGUCAGCAGGGCUAAAGAGAGGACGAUCGUGUUACUCACCAACGGCGAGAUGACCUACUCGAACACGGGGACCGACGAAGACACGUACGGAUUCGACUGCAAAUUCGUGGAAGAGCCUCCGGCCAAGUUCAUCUGCCCGAUCUGCGCCAUGAUACUCCGCGACCCUCACCAGACGCAGUGCUGCGGGGCUCACUACUGUAACUGCUGCAUUCAACAGCUGGUCAAGAAGGCGACCCCGUGCCCGGAGUGUCGCGGCUUCGUACAAUCGUUCCGGGACGUUAGCGUAACGCAGAACAUCAACGCCUUACAGGUAAAGUGCUCAAACUCCUACUGGGGCUGCGAUUGGACGGGCGAACUGGGUCAGCUCGGUGAGCACCUAGUCAAGUGCGAGCAGAAGCCCGCAAAGUGUGCUUCGUGCGGCCUAUUCGUCCCGAAGGACAUAUGCCGUGAUCACGAAACCGUCCACUGCCCAAAGCGAACCUAUACCUGCACCUACUGUUCCAACUAUACGGCCAGCUACGAGACAGUGUCCAGGAAACACUGGCCCGUUUGUACCAAAUACCCAAUCGAAUGCCCCAAUGGUUGCUCGUCCUCCGUGAAGAUAGCCAGGGACCAGCUCAUGAGGCAUCUGAAAGAAGAUUGUCAGAUUCAGCUGAAGAUAAAGAGACUGUCUGAUACAAUAGAGUCCCUGGAGAUAAUGUUGGAGCAGAAAGAACAGAGAAUUGAGGAGCUGGAGGCCGAAAUCCAGGGAAGUGAGAGACAAAACAGCGAGAAAAUGAAGAAGUCGCGAAGUCUCUUCAGACGGCGAGGCUCCUCGAGACCCAGCGAGGAAGCCGGAAAAGACGCGGGGAGCGACGAAUCCUCGAGUCGUUCGCGUGUCAGUUCAGACGACGCCCGUGGCCUGGUAGAGUCUGCCGGAAAGGAAAGAAAUCUCGAACUGGAAGUAAAGGUUUUGAAGCAGUGUAUAGCGGAGAAAGUGUCUGAGAUGGAGCAACUGAGGCUUCGCAACGUUGAGCAGUGUACUAGUAUGGCACAGAUGGAGGAGGACUUUACUGCACAGCUAAAGGCAAUGAAGAGCCUGUGUAAGAGGUUGAGCGACGAAAAGGAAGAGUUGCAAGAAAAACUGGUAUCAGAAGGGCCCGCAGCGUGAUUGGUUUGUUGUACGGUGUGUUUUGCAAUCUAUAGCCAAAAUUCUCUUGCUGUGUAAUAGCAAGAUUACUGCUUCAUCAUUAAUUUGUCGUUUAGUGCCCGCCCAGUUUAUACCCUACUUUGUGAUAAAAUUAUUUUCACUUUUUUUUUCAGUACAGGCGCCUGCUCGUGGUAACGUUAGUGAAAAAAGCAUAAUAUAUUUACCAAUUAUACUUCUGUAUAAUAUAUCUCUCGCUUUUUGACAUAGAAUAAUGCCAUGAUAUAUACAUGAUAUGUAACUUUCUGUUGG